AUGUCCAUUCCAGAACAGCCAAAGAACAAAGGAUUCUUUCCGUCACAACAUGGGUACACAGAUCUCAAUGUCAAGACUCACACUUACUCAGACAAACCAACUCCUCUUCUGGCCAAACAAAACAAAGCUGCAGGAUUCGUUUCUGAGCACACGGAUAAAGAACAUGUAAAGAAAUAUGCCAAACAAGGAGGCAAAUCGUUAUUCAAUAGAUUGAUUGGUAUCAUAUGCCAUUAA